GCAACUGGCAAACUGGCAUGCGAAGUGUCUUUGUAAAUUACGUGCAUUUGUAUUAAAAUCAAAAAUGUUUUUUUAUUUUCAUUAGCUUGUGCAUUGUGAAAUUGAAGUAAAAUCUAAUAAUGUAUUAAUACGUUGGACUAAUGAUAUUACAAAAAAGGGAGUAGGCUCAGAGAAAACGUUUUUUACAGAAAUGUUAUUUUUCUGUGGACAAAAUCCCCGAUCCUCAAAAUGUGUUUCAAAAUUGGCACAAUAAUAUUUUGCACAUUUUUCGUAUUAGUGUCUUCUACGCACAUAAAGGGAGAGUUUUCGACAAAUGAGUUUUUCAAGUUCCUAGUGAAAUUUGGGUUUCAGAAGACAGAUAUUCAUUAUCAAAAGGAAACAUAUGGAUAUAUCUUUGGGAACAUUACCGCGAAUGUGACGUUCAAGUAUCCUAUAACAUUCGCUGUUUUAGACAGAGGCCACUUUUUACACUAUUAUAAGAGCCGAGAUAUUGUUGAUAAGGAGUUAGCAUGUCAGGUUAUGUUUCAAAACCUGAAUGGAACUGCUUACCAUCCCAAAUGUAACGCCUACGGUCAAGAUCUAUUUAGAAGAAUACCAUGUCCCAAAGGUGAAUUGUGUGUUGAUGAAGACACACCUUGGAAUGUGAUAAAAAAGAACCAGUUUACAUAUGUUAUCCAAAACUCUGGACAACCAAGGUUCUGGUAUGUAUCAAUGGUAUCAUGUUACCUUGAUGAAGUUACUUGUACAUGGCAUCACUACACUGGAGCACCCUCAUCGGACAACAAAACCCUAACUAAUAUACCACAGAUUAUAAACUAUGAUUUCUGGCUGGUCAAUGGAAGUCCAAAUUUAUCAUUUUACAAUACACUCCUGUACCAGUUCUCAUUUGACAGGCAGAACACCUUAGAGUUGUAUCUAGUGUUCUGGCUAUGCUAUAUUAUCUUACUACCAGUCCAGAUAUAUGCAGUCAGGACUCAGAAGCACCCUGUGACUAAGUUGUUCACAUUCAGUCUUGUUCUGGAGUUCAUUGCCUUAUGCUUCAAUGUGCUGCAUACUGUGAAGUUUGCUGUGGAUGGUGUGGGGUUCGCUGGGUUGGCUGCAGCUGGAGAUGUCUUAGAUAUCAUGAGCAGAACACUUUUCAUGUUGCUCCUACUUUUGUUGGCAAAAGGUUGGGCAGUGACUAGGCUGGAGCUCACAUACAAACCUCUGGUCUUUGGAGUAUGGCUGGCUUACGGAAUAGUACAUAUUCUGCUUUACGUGUGGAAUACCGAAAAGUUUGUGUGUGUGUGA